AUGUCGGUUCUUUUCGCGAUCGGCUCCAACGGUUCCGGCCAGCUUGGCAUUGGGCACAAGGAAGAUGUCUCCGUUCCCAAGCAGGUCAUCUUCUUCCCGGAAGACCCCGACUCCCCCGUAGUCAAGAUGGCGGCGGGCGGAAACCACACGCUGCUCCUCACACGGUCCGGAGAGCUCUACUGGGGUGGAGACCCCACGAGCGGAGCCUGUGGUCUGACAUCCGCCGCAAAGACUGACGAGCCGGUCUUCCAGAGAGUCCAGCUCAGCAAGGAGGGGCGAGAGGGCGCCUCGGGCACGACAGCUUUGAUCGCCGCGACCUGGGAGGCUUCGUUUGUCGUUCAGAAGGACGACGAGGGGAAGAGGACAAAGGUGUACAGCUUCGGCGCAGGGCAAAAGGGCGAGCUGGGUCACGGCGAGCUGCUUGUCCGUUCGCCGUCUGCCACCCUCGUCAAGGAAUUCCCUCCGGCUGGAACUGAGGUUGUGGAUUUGGCUGCGUGUAUGGGUCACGCUGUGGCGGUUCUGAGCAACGGUGACGUCUAUGCGUGGGGCAAUCUUCGAAAGGGUCAGGGUGGAAGCCCCGACACCGUCGUCUACUUGCCAAGAAAGAUCGAAAGCGUCGACUUCAAAGUUGUCAGGGCCGUCUGUGGGAAGGACUUCACGUGUCUGUUUGGAGCUUCAGAAUCCGGCAAGCUACUGGUUUUGGGAUCCGACAAGUGGCACAUCAAAUCCACCGCCCCAGAGUCGGUGCCCGAGUGGACGGAUGUCGGCGCCAGCUGGGGCAACAUUUACGUCCUGAAGAAGGAUGGUGAGCUUCUGGCUUGGGGGAGAGACGACCAUGGACAGCUACCGCCUCCGAAUCUACCCACGUUGUCCAGGCUCGCCGUUGGCAGCGAGCACGUCAUUGCGUUCACAGAAAAGGGCGACGUGCUAGCCUGGGGAUGGGGCGAGCACGGCAAUUGCGGUCCGCAGGUUGUGAACAACGACGUCAAGGGACGGUGGAAUGUCAUCGCAUCAUCAAAAUUCAUUCCGCCUGGUUCUCAGAUCGCGGGUAUCGGCGCGGGUUGCGCCACUAGCUGGGUGACUAUCCUCACCGGUUGA